UUAUCAACGAACACAAUCAAAAAGGGGCGGGAUCCAAAAUAGAAAAUACACUCUGGUAGAUCGUUUAGUGUUCGGGUGUGUGUGUGAAAUCUGGAGAAAUUAACUAAGAUAAAAAGAGGGGUUUGUAGAGAAUAUUAUUCCACCUAGGAUGGCUACAUCAAGAAAAGAAAUCUGAUACCACACAUCUGAUAUAUAAGUUGAUUAUACAUGUUAUAGCCCCACCUAUUGUUGGCAGUUGCAUGUAUGGCAAAAAAAAGAUAUUGAACAAAAAAGAAAUCCAUGAUAUAUUCCUUCCAAUUCAUUUGAGGUACACUGACGAGAUAGAUCAAUAUGAGGUGGACCUUGCAAAUGGAGACUUCCAAAUGGCAUCGACAGGAUGGAUAACAAAUAGUUCUUCGAUGCAGCAGGUUAUAAAUCCAGAGAGGAAUUCGGCGCUGGAUAAUAUGAAUGAAGCACAGAAAAAUCCAGAAAGUCACCGUGGGCAGCGUCAGGGGAUCAUUCAUUGGGGGACAACGGGGGGAGGUCACAUAAUGUCAAAUCAGGAGGCUCACCUGCAGAUGACACUGUCACAAGAGAAGACAUAUACACAAAUUAUGCAAGAGAUGAGUCAGAGGAAUAUGGCGACGCUGGUGCUGCUGAAAAUGAACGAAUGGGUGCAUUCACAAGGUUGCUGACUGGUCAAUACGAUGACAUGGCUAUUGGCUGAUCACAAUUUUUCAGAAUAUAUUGACGAUCAUUCAUUCUACAUCACAAGUGAUAGAAACAUCAAUAUAAAUCAUCUGGAGCAGGAAGAGCUUGAGAAUAUGUAUAACAUGCAAAAUCAGAUUAGCGUGCCAGAAACUUUGGCGGAAAAGCAUGUGGAAGAUCACGGUGACUGGAUGCAGAGCGAUGAGCCUGAGAAUAUUUUGAACCCAGAUGAAUUAGAAGCAGAAGCAGGAGAUAUUCCGAGCAUGGACACUGAAAAUGCAGAGAACAAUAACGAAAGAAAUCCAGAAACAGACCCUGAAGGAAACAAAGAACCGCUGACACAGGAAGAAGUCAUUGAGUUCAUACAGAGCUCACAGCAGCUAGGACAGGGAGGGGCUGCCCAGGAGAUAGAACAUAUGCACAUGCCUGAGCUAGGGAUGGUUUUCAAAACAGAGGAAGAGGGGCACAAGUUUUACAACAACUAUGCAAUGAAAGUUGGUUUCUCGACAGCUAUUGCACACAAAUACCAUUCAAGGAAUAAAACGCAUAUGGGCAAGGUGACAAGAGUCACAAUUACGUGCAACAAGGCUGGAAAGCCAACUGAAGAGGACAUGGAAGCAAACAAAGAGGCAGCACAAAGGGGAGAAGGCCUGGGAAAAAAUAAACCAGCAAAGAGAAGGGUGAGGAAAACAAAGGAAGGAACAAAUGACGAAAGAAAUGUACUGAUGAGGAGAACAAACACGGUGGUGCUAACUGCAUGCCCCGCAACAAUGGUUGUAGCAUACAUAGAUGAUGUAUGGAAGAUAACAAGACUAGACUUAACUCAUAAUCAUGAGCUGCACCCCCCUGGUGAGGCAAGGUUUUUGAGAUCGCACAAGAACAUGACGCUAGAAGAAAAGUUGAUGAUCAGAACAUGUAGCGCAUGCAAACUACCAACCAGGAAAAUAAUGGCAAUAUUGGCUUACAUGAGAGGGGGCCUGUCAUCACUUCCAUACACGAAGAAGGAUGUGAGUAAUAUAAGGACAUCAAUAAGAACAGAAUCAGGCAGAAGUGACAUGAUGAAAGUGCUGGAGUACUUCUUGAAAAAGAAAGAAAAGAUGCAACUUUCUUUUACAAAAUUGACUCGGAUGAAGAGGGCAGAGUUUUGAAUAUAUUCUGGUCAGAUGGAUACAGCAGGAGGUUGUAUAAGGACUGUGGAGAUUUGGUUAGUUUCGACACAACAUAUAGAACUAACAAGUACAAUCUUCCUUUCGCACCUAUUGUUGGAAUCACAUCGCAUGGGGACAACUGUUUGUUUGGCUGUGAGUUCCUCCAAAAUGAGACAGCAGACACAUUCGUAUGGUUGUUCAAAACCUUGCUUGAGUGUAUGGAUGGAAAAGAGCCAGUAAGUAUAAUAACAGACCAAGAUGCAGCUAUGAGGAUGGCAAUAAAGGAAGUUCUCCCCAAUACAAAUCACAGAAAUUGUCUAUUCCACAUAAUGAAGAAAGCCCAUGAGAAGGCAGUGAGAACAUUUGCAACUAAUCCAACUUUGCAUGAUGAUUUCAUGGAUGUAGUGCACAGCGCGCUAACUAUCCCGGAAUUCGAGAGGCCUUGGCCUCAAAUGAUUCACAGAUACAAGUUGGAAGAUAUUGCUUAGUUCAAAAUAAUGUGGGCAAACAGAUGGAGAUUUGUUCCGGUAUAUUUCAAACAAUGCUUCUACCCAUUUGUGCAAACAACGGCGCGAAGUGAGGGAACUAAUGCAGUAUUCAAAGACAAUGUGUCAUGCACAUACUCGGUUAGCAGCUUCCUAGAUGAAUACGAUAGAAUCGGAGAAGCAAUACAAGAGAAUCAGAAGAAUCAUGACUCCGUGACGAGAAGAACAAAAGCAACACUUUCUAGUGGAUAUCAUUUUGAACUGCAGGCAGCAAGGCUGUACAACAGGGCCAUAUUUUUCAAAUUUCAGAAGGAAGUGAUCUAUUUGACAAGGUUCAAUGUUGAGGAAACAAUACCUAAUAGAAGCUACUCAGUUUAUAAGUCGGAAACACACGCAUCAAGAGAAUUCAGAACAAGAAGAUAUGUAGUUACACUGAACUUACCAAAUUCAAAAUUUUCCUGCAUAUGCUGCAAAUUCCAGAAGGAUGGCUUGUUGUGUGCCCAUGUCCUCCGAGUGCUUGUACAUCUGAACAUCACAGAACUGCCUGAGAAAUAUUUCAUUGACAGAUGGAGACCAAAGGACAAAAAAAUUAAACGAAAUAUCACAAAUGACAUACCCGCAGAGUUCACUGGAGAUAAUAGCCAGAUGAGAUACAACAUCAUCAUGACAAAGAUGACAGGGCAUCAAAAGCUGUGAAGAAUGUGGAUAAAUAUGCAUACCUGCUAAAGAAGAUGGAGAAAAUAAAUUCAAAGAUGCAACUCGUGGGGAUAACUGAAACUGAAACAAGCAUGCAUAGUGAGGGGAGUCACACAAUGCCAAAUCAGCAGCAAGAAACAAGUGAGAGUGUGCAGCUGAAGGACCCUUUGGUGGGUACACCAAAAGGGAGGUCGGCUGAUAAACAUAAAGGACCAUACACAAAAUCCAAAAAACACAAGAAACGAAAACACAAGAACAAAACCAAAAAAUACAUACAGCUGAUAUCACCUUGUUUUUGCCACCUCGGUGGCUGCAGAUCCGGGAAAGCUGAAGAGGGCAACGGGGGAUGGAGAUUCAUUGACAAAGAAAGGUGCAAGGACAACUGAGCCAGCAAACAGUAGGCAGCAAACAUAUCAUACUGCACCGCGCGGAUAACCCUGAAGCAAAAGGCAGCAAGAAUAAAAUGAAAACGGGGGCAAGAAGAAGAGGAAGAACAGGAAAAGAACAAACCAGAGGAAAGGUGGAAGUGCAUACAACAUACUUGUAAUAGGCAUUGAUAUGUACACAUGUUGAUGUUUUGUUUGAACCCUCCGUAAUUCUAUAACUUUGAUUGAAAUUAGUACUACGAUAUAGAAGAACAAAA